ACCCCAGUCCUGAGCUACUGGCGAGGAGAGAGGCGCAGAGUCCGCGUGGCUGGCAGCAUCGUGCGGCUGCAUUGCAGGAGAUGGAGUGAGUCUGGACUUGCGGACGUGAAGCCAACUUUGUAACCAAGAGACAUCGAGGAUUUACGCCCUCUAGCACUGACCCUGUCAUGAUUUGCUGUGAACCCCGGCAGCCCUUCCAUUCUGCUCGAGAAAUCUCAGGUCCUCUUUCAGCUCCUUGGCCAGUGGCCUUGGUGGCAUUCUACUCCCGUGGUCAGCCCAGAGCCUCUCCUGCCCAUGCAGUACCCAGUAGCCACUGCUGAUGGCCUUAGUGGCCUGCCGUCCGGGGCCUACACACUUCCCACCUUCAAGUUCCAGCCUCGCCGUGAGAGCAUAGACUGGAGGCGCAUCAGUGCUGUGGACGUGGACCGUGUGGCCCGGGAGCUGGACGUGGCCACUCUGCAGGAGAACAUCGCUGGCGUCACCUUCUGUAACUUGGACCGAGAGGUGUGCAACCACUGUAGGCAGCCUGUGGACCCAGUUCUGCUCAAGGUGCUGCGCUUGGCGCAGCUCAUCAUCGAGUACCUGCUGCACUGCCAGGACUGCCUGAGUGCCAGUGUGGCCCAGCUGGAAGCACGGCUGCAGGCCAGCCUGGGCCAGCAGCAGCGUGGCCAGCAGGAGCUGGGUCGCCAGGCUGACGAGCUCAAGGGUGUUCGGGAGGAGAGCCGGCGUAGGCGAAAGAUGAUCAGUACCCUGCAGCAGCUGCUUCUGCAGACGAGCGCCCACAGCUACCACACGUGCCAUUUGUGUGACAAGACGUUCAUGAAUGCCACCUUUCUCCGGGGCCACAUCCAGCGCAGGCAUGCAGGCAUGGCGGAAGUCGGGAAGCAGAAGCAGGAACAGCAGCUGGGGGAGGUGCUGGAGGAGCUUCGGGCCAAGCUCAAGUGGACCCAAGGGGAGCUGGAAGCCCAGAGGGAGGCUGAGCGGCAGCGGCAGGCCCAGGAAUUAGAGAUGAUUCGUCAGAGGGAAAUAGAAGCUAAAAAGAAGUUCGAUGAAUGGAAAGAAAAAGAACGGAGCAAGCUUUAUGGGGAGAUAGACAAGCUGAAACAGCUCUUCUGGGAUGAAUUUAAAACUGUCGCCAACCAGAACUCUACAUUAGAAGAGAAGCUGAAGGUGCUGCAGUCCUACAGUAUGACUGAGUCUCACCUCGGGUCUCUGCGGGAUGAAGAGUCAGAGGAGAGACUCAAGCAUGCCCAGGAGCUCCAGGCCCUUCGAGAAAAGAUGGACGUUCAGAAAACAGAGUGGAAGAGAAAAAUGAAGGCCCUGCGUGAAGAGCAGGCAGCUGAGAGGAGACAGCUGCAGGAGGAGAACGAGAGGCUUCAUGUCACGCUGUCUCAGGAUCAGAAGAAAGCGGCAGCCCAGUCCCAGCGCCACAUCAAUGCCCUUCGUGCCCAGCUGCAGGAACAAGCCAGGCUUAUUGAGUCACAGGAGGAGACGAUCCAGACUUUGUCCCUCAGGAAGAUGGAGGAAGUCCAAGAGGUGCCAAAGGCUGUGGUCACAGAGGAGGACUCUUCUGAGGAAGAGCUGGAGGCCUCCCUCGAGGAGCAGCAGGAGCAGCAGGAGCAACGGAAGGUGUUAGCAGCUCUCAGGAAAAACCCUGCUUGGCUGAAGCAGUUCCGGCCCAUCCUGGAGGACACCCUGGAAGAGAAGCUGGAAGGCAUGGGGAUAAAGAGGGGCACAAAGGGAAUUUCAGCCCAGACUGUCCGACGCCUGGAGCCCCUGCUGAGAACCCAAAGGGAGCAGACAGCCCGAAGCUUCCGAGAAUUUCUCAGUCUGAGGGAAAAACUCAGCCAGGAAGUGAGCAGCAGGGCGAAGAAGAGAUGGGACAGUACGGCUGUGGUGCCCCAGCCAGAUGGCCAGCCUCCAGUCAAAAGCCAGCGGACCACACUGGCCACAAGGGAGGUCCGGCCAAAGACCAGGACCCUGACUGUGGCACUGCCAUCCAAGCCGGCAGAGCCUUCUACAUCAACCCCUCGAGGCCACAGCAGCCAUGGCCCCGGCCUCACCCAGGUGUCCACCCCCAUUCCACGCCCCAGAGUGCAUGGAUCCUCCAGUCCCCCCGUUUCCCCUGGGCCCGGGCUGAGCAGCACCCCACCUUUCAGUUCUGAAGAAGAGCCAGAGGGAGACGUCGUACAACGUGUGUCUCUUCAGCCUCCUAAAGUUCUCCCUAGGUCAGCACCCCAGCCUGAGGACAGCUGGGGCUGGUCUGAUUCUGAGACCUCAGAGGAGAGUGCCCAACCCCCUGGGAAGGGCUCAGACGGGCUGGCUUCCUCAGCAACACUGGUACAGUCGAUGGUCAAAAACCUGGAGAAACAGCUUGAAACCCCAGCAAAGAAGCCUUCUGGAGGGGUCAAUAUGUUCUUAAGACCCAACACUGCCCUUCAGAGGUCUUCUACACCAGCAAGGAAGACUCAGCUUUCAGAAGAUGAAAGUGACUUGGAGAUCUCGUCUUUGGAAGAUCUUUCCCAUGACCUGGGCCCAAAAGGAAAGCCAACACCCUUGUCCCACUCGAAGCUCCCAGAAAAGUUUGAUGCCAGCCCUUGGAGUUCUGGGUCACGUCCCAGGAUUCCUGGCUGGUGAUUCUGCCAGAGGGCUUAGCCUUGUUUCUUGGCUGGUCUUCCCCAAAUGGAAGAAACUGUCAGAUCUCCCACUCUCACUAGCAGCCAAGAAGUCUUUCCCUUGAAGACAAACAGCAGGAGACAGAUGGGACCGCUAUCCAUUCCCUGACGGCCACCCCAAAAGGCUGGGUCCUGAUGCUGUGUCUUGUUUAAACGUGAGGAUUGUAACAGGACUUCCAAGUGUUUCUUCCACGAUCCCAGCCCAGACUGAAAGUAGUUAUUGUUUCUAAGUUUUUGUCAUCUGCAGGUCACUGUGGCAUUGGGUCCUGAGUUAGGUAGUCUAUAGUGGACUCUCUAGCUUUUCACUACUGAGCUGGGGUGCAGACAGAGGUAAGAGGUGCAAAGUGCCUGCUGCCAGGGCCAGGCAUCGUAAUCGAGUGCUAGGCAUCAGAGUGUUAUGGGCUGCUAGGGCCAGGCAUAGUAAUCGA